CCUGGCGAGAUGGCGGAUCCCGCAGCGAUGCACAGCGAGGCGUCCUACCUGGCGGUGUACGGCCUGGUGUCUGUGUUGCUGGUCACGCUCGUCGGUGGCUUGCUGUACGUCGCCUGCUCGCGCAGGUACCGCCUCAACUGGUUCGAGAAGAACCUGCUGGAGGCCGCCGAGAAGGGCCACAUCGACGAGAGUGAGGAGGCGCUGGUGGAGGACGCCGGAGAGGGCGACAAGUUCUGGGUGCCGCCCAGCCUGCACCGGCAGAACAGCUUCUGCCCCAGCGACGUCAUACAGGACACGUCUGGAGAGUCGAGCCCGUGCACGCCGCAGGGCUUGCCGUUGUCGCCGCAGCACGUACAGCAACAGCAGCAGCAGCCGACGCCGGGGGCGGUGACGCCGGAGGCGCCCACAGCGGCGGAGGCGGGGGCGGUGGCGCUGCCGCUGGCGCGCAGCGACAAGCACGUGGUGCUGGCCACGGCGCCUACGCGGCCACGCGUCUCCUCUAUGCACACCAAGCUGGACCACACCAAGAUAGACACCUCCCUCUACCAGAAGGCACUGACAGCCAGGUCUCCCAGUCUGCCUGAGGAGCCGGUGGGCUCCAUCCAAAUGGCGCUGGCCUACGACCCGGCAGCCGGAAUCCUGACGGUGCGUCUUCUGGAGGCGCACGACCUUCAGGCGAGGGACUUCAGCGGCACCGCCGACCCGUACGCCAAGAUCCGCCUGCUGCCCGACAGGGGGAACGUCUGGCAGACGCGCAUCCACAAGAAGACGCUCAACCCAGUGUUCGACGAGGACUUCGUGUUCGAGGUGUCGCCGGCAGCGCUGCCGCGGCGCACGCUGGAGGUACUUCUGUAUGACUUCGACGCGUACUCGCGCCACCACAGCAUCGGCGGCGUGCAGCUGCCGCUGGCGCAGAUCGACCUCUCCGAGAGGCUCACCCUCUGGAGGCAGCUCGGGCCCUGCGCCGAUCAGGACGCCAAGGCGGAGCUGGGCGAGGUGAUGGUGUCGCUGUCCUUCCUGCCAUCUGCAGAGCGCCUCACAGUCGUCGUGCUGAAGGCUCGCAACCUCAGAAUCGUCGACGACACCCGGGCGUCCUCUGACCCCUUCGUGAAAGUGGCACUGGUGCAAGGCGGCAAGCGUGUCAAGAAGAAGAAGACAGGUGUCCACCGGAACACAGUGAACCCUGUGUUCAACGAGGCACUCACUUUUGACGUCAGUCGAGAGGCACUUUCACGAAGCAGUCUUGAGAUCCAGGUGCUGCAUGACAGCCUACUGGGCCCUAGUGAGCUGCUUGGACGUGUAUUGCUGGGCAGUGACUGUGGAUCCCCCACGGAUCGCGCCUUCUUCUCUGAGGCAGUUGCUAGCAAGACAGCAACAGCACGCUGGCUGCAGCUUAGUGAACCUCAAUGAGCCUGAGAACUGAGACACACUAGUAUGGCAUGAAGGGAGCCCACAGCCCAGAAGAGAACAGAUACCAAAGAUCCUCUGACAAUGUCACCUGUGGGCUUUGUCAAAGUUAAUUAAUUGUAGGAAAUGAGACAGGCUUGUGCCAGCCAAGAAAGGGAAGUUCAUAAAAUUUUUGAUGACCAGCUCCUUCCAAUGUGUUUAGUGACUAGGUCUGCAUUUUGUUCCACCCUAAUGUUGUGAUUGCACUCAUCCAACAAUAUGUCUAUGAUUGAAACAAUACACUUUCAACUGGUUACACAAACUCCAGUUAUCUUCCAGGAUGUUUAAGGACAAGACCUGCAUCUUCAAGGAACUUUACAUCAUUUCUGAAAGUUGUAUUGAUUGAUAAUUGUGAGUUGAUAAUAGAUCAAUUAAGUCCUUUAAGGUGUAUCAAGAUAAACAACUUCCUUCUUUUCAUAUAAAUAGCUUUGAAAACAGAACAUGAGAUGCACUGAAUUAAACAUUUGUUUUGGUUUUGUUUUGCACUGUCCCUGUUCACUGAAACUGUUCAUUUGAGGUGUUAUUUACCUUCC